GAUCAGCUGAGAUGGAAGCCCUGGAAGGAAGGAAGGAGGGAAGGAAGGAGGGGGCUGCUUCAGCAGCAGCACUGGAGGAAGGCACCCAGCAGUGUGGAAAUGUCUUCACCUGAGCUGGCAGGAGAAGGUCUGUGGUGAGGUGACAGCUGUUGAGCAAUGGCCUUCAACAAGGUUUGGUGUGCCCUAACCCUUGGAUUUCUGCUGCCUUUUUCUUGUGCCCACACGGACUUCUUCACUUCCAUUGGCCAUAUGACAGACUUAAUUAACACAGAAAAAGAUCUGGUGGUGUCACUGAAGGAUUACAUCAAGGCAGAGGAAAGCAAGCUGGAGCAGAUCAAAAAAUGGGCAGAGAAAUUGGAUCAGCUGACAGCCACUGCCACAAAAGACCCAGAGGGGUUUUUGGGACAUCCUGUAAAUGCCUUCAAGUUGAUGAAAAGGCUCAACACCGAGUGGGGUGAGCUGGAGAGCCUGGUCCUGAAGGACAUGUCAGAUGGCUUUAUCUCCAACAUGACUAUCCAGCGGCAGUUCUUCCCGAACGAUGAGGAUCAGACCGGCGCAGCCAAAGCCCUUUUGAGGCUCCAGGACACGUAUAAUCUGGACACAGACACCCUCUCCAGAGGGAACCUGCCAGGUGUGAAGCACAAAUCCUUCCUGACAGCUGAGGAUUGCUUCGAGCUGGGGAAGAUUGCCUACACGGAAGCUGAUUACUACCACACGGAGCUCUGGAUGGAGCAGGCCCUGAAACAGCUGGAUGAGGGAGAAGUGUCCUCUGCGGACAAAGUCUACAUCCUGGACUACCUGAGCUACGCUGUGUAUCAGCAGGGGGACCUGGGCAAGGCCAUGGCGCUCACCAGACGCCUCCUGGAGCUGGAUCCCGAGCAUCAAAGAGCCAACGGGAACAUGAAAUAUUUUGAAUAUAUCAUGGCCAAAGAGAAAGAAGGAAAUAAGUCCAGCACGGAUUCAGAAGAGCAGGAGAAGGAAACUGAGGUUAAGAAAAAGGAUUACCUGCCUGAGAGAAGGAAGUACGAAAUGCUGUGCCGUGGGGAGGGGCUCAAAAUGACUCCUCAGAGACAAAAGAGACUCUUCUGCCGCUACUACGACGGCAACAGGAAUCCCAGAUACAUCCUGGGCCCUGUCAAGCAGGAGGACGAGUGGGACAAGCCCCGGAUCGUUCGCUUCCUGGACAUCAUCUCCGACGAGGAAAUCGAGACCGUGAAGGAACUGGCCAAGCCCAGGCUGAGCCGUGCUACUGUUCAUGACCCUGAGACUGGGAAACUGACCACAGCACAUUACAGAGUCUCUAAGAGUGCGUGGCUGUCGGGGUACGAGAGCCCCGUGGUGUCCCGGAUCAACACGAGGAUACAGGACCUCACAGGGCUGGAUGUCUCCACAGCAGAGGAGCUGCAGGUAGCCAACUACGGAGUAGGGGGCCAGUAUGAGCCUCACUUUGAUUUUGGAAGGAAAGAUGAGCCAGAUGCUUUUAAGGAAUUGGGAACAGGCAACAGAAUUGCUACUUGGUUGUUUUAUAUGAGUGACGUGUCAGCAGGGGGAGCCACGGUCUUUCCUGAAGUAGGAGCCAGCGUUUGGCCCAGAAAGGGAACAGCUGUGUUCUGGUACAACCUCUUCCCGAGCGGAGAAGGCGAUUACAGCACACGGCACGCGGCCUGCCCGGUGCUAGUGGGGAAUAAAUGGGUAUCCAACAAAUGGCUCCACGAGCGGGGGCAGGAAUUCCGAAGGCCGUGCACUUUAUCGGAGCUGGAAUGAUGCGGAGCCGUCGGUGUCUCCUGUGUAUCAGUCCGUGUAAAAUGCACAUCUCCAACAGUUUACAACUGACUAACACUCCACUCCAGGUUCAGUUCCCCCCACCCUCAGCUGUGGACAGGACAAACGUGCUUUUAGUUCCCUUCCAGUACCCACCCACCCCCCCCCGAGGUUUUAUGAACAGAAAAUAUUGAGGUUUAUGAGUGUUACUGGGAAAAAAAAAAAACAAAAAAAGGACAAAAUACAGAUGAGGGCCACAACUAACUGUGGUGUUGUGUGUGGUGUUCCUGUCACCAUCAUCCCUCUGAGCAGUGUGGGAAAACAGGGGUGAUGUCAUGGGAGGGCUCCCCUCUUAAGGAGUGCUGAGUUAAACCCAUUCCAGUUCCUUGAUUCCCAGACAUUCAGCUCCUUGCUUUCCCAGAGUGCCUGACCACUGCUGCUGAGAACUGCAGGCAUCCUUUGUGUUUCUCUGGAAAACAGGUUAUUACCAUGUUUUAACCAGUUUUCCCACUUCCACAAAAGCCCCAAUUUUUUAAAUUGUCUUCUUUCUUGGCCCCUGUGGGGAAUGUGGCUCCUGACCUUGGCAAUGUGAGCCAGCAGUUCCACAGGCACAGCCGGGACGCUUCCCCAGUGUUGUGCCUGUGUCAGAGCAGCCUGACAACACCCACAGCCCACCUUUCCCCACCUCUGGAAUGUUUGUCCACGUGAACAAAUGCUGCUUUUGUUCUGUCCCAGCAGCCAGCUCUUCCAUCUGCUCCUCGGGCAGGCGAGGGGUGGGGGUGUUCCCAUCUUCAUUAAUCAAAAUAGCCGUGCCUUAGGACGCUGGAAUUUCAAACUGGUGAAGAGACUUCAGGUGCUGAGGUGACACAAGAGUCCUCACAGAACGCUCUCCACCCUCGUCCUCCUCACAGCUCUCGAGGUUCCCUGAGAAACUGUCACCCUAUUUAUAGUCCUGAACCUUUUUUAGAUGCAGGCUCACUUUUGUGAACCCUUUCCCUUCCACAGCAGGAUUUUUAUAGCAAAAUAACCAACUCCUCCAUUAGCAUGAGGACAAAAAAAUCAAAGGGAGCUGCACUUGACCUAAACAGUCCAAUUUUCUGGAUGAUUAUGGUUUUUUACUGGUUAGGGGUCAAGCCUGAAGUCUUCACCAAGGAAAAAAAAUUCCAAUUUUGGUUAAUUGGGUUUUCUGCCUCAAUAAAAUCUUGGAAAUUGAGCCGAAACGUAGACAAAACCAAUUUUUAAUGUGCUAGAAAUACCUCUGGAAUACUGGGAAUGCAGUUUAAGGUACUAUAGUCGGAGGAUCAGAAGACACUUUAAGGUCUUUGCUGGAAAAUAUAUUGUUAAAUUCCUACUGAGCCUGGUAGCAAUGGGACCCACAGAACUGCUCAUCCUUAGCCCUGCUCCUCCCUGCAUUUUUAGCCUGUGCUUUUGGCAGAUGGGAAGCAAAGUCCAUCCAACACCAAAUAAAAAAGUCUCACAUCUGUACUGCUCCUUUUUUCGAAGCAGCUGCUAACCCAAGAGCAGCAGCUGAUCUAAAGGAAUCCACCCCAGAACUGGGUGAGCAGAGAGGAUCUUUGAGCACUAAAUUGUAAUAAUUAGAAAAAACCCAACAUAAUAUUUCC